GUCACAACUUUCGCGAUCCGGCCUCACUUCUCCGUCGUCACAGCGUCCCAUCAUCUCCGUCGUCUUUGCUGCUGCCACUGCUGCUGCUCGCCAGCGUCGCAGAAAUGCAAAUCUGAGAGGUUCCCACUCUUUUUGCUGCUGCUGCUCUCCGUCUUCUUUGUUGUUUUGUUGACUGUUUUGAACACCAGCUCAUCACUUAACAGCGGGUUCGGACGAAGCCGUUCUCAAAAAAUAUACAGGGUUCUCAAAAAUUGCAAUCAUGGCAGCAUUAAUCUAGACCUGACUACCUCUCUCGAUCUCAAAGACUCAAACCCUCACCUCUCGAGCUGUCAAGACUAUUACAACCUCUCCCUCUCACAUCACGGUCUGAUGGAUUACUCUUCAGAUGAAGAGUCUGAUUUGAGCGAAUCAGAGAUCAAUGAGUACAAAGAGAAACCUUAUGGGGAACUAAGGGCUGGGAAGUAUAAAGUCAAGAAUGUAAAUGGCAUGCUCAGGUGUCCCUUUUGUGCGGGAAAGAAGAAACAAGAUUACAAGUAUAACGAACUUUAUCAACAUGCUUCAGGAGUGGGCAAAGGUUCCUCCAACAGAAGUGCUAAACAAAAGGCAAAUCAUCUUGCAUUGGCAAUGUACUUAGAAUCUGAAUUUGCAGAAGCGGCAGAACAAUCGCAGUGUUUGAAUGAACCUGCUCUAGUAUCCGAGAAGCCUGAAGAAAGUGAUUUAUAUUGUUGGCCUUGGAUUGGAAUUGUUACAAACAUUGUAAAUGAUCCAAAGCAUGGAAAAUCUUUGGGUAGCAGUGAACACUGGUUGGGGAAGUUCCAAAAAUUUAAGCCUUUAGAUGUUGAGAUUUUUCAGGAUGACAAUAACCAAACUUUACAAGCUGUUGUGAAAUUCAAUAAUGAUUGGACUGGUUUUAGGAAUGGCAUGGAAUUCGAGAAGUCUUUUGAAACUGCUCGUCACUGUAAAAAAGAGUGGAUAACACAUAAAGGAUCUCCUGGUUUAGACAUUUAUGGAUGGUUUGCGCGUGCGGAUGAUUAUAAUUCAGAAGGACCAGUCGGAGACUACCUUCGUAAAAAAGGAAAGUUGACAACAAUCUCUGACCUUGUCCAGGAAACUGCUCAAGGUAGAAACAAAAUUGUGGCUAAACUAGCCAAUGAAAUUGACUUGAAAAAUGAAAAUUUGAAUGAGUUGCAGUACAAGUACAAUGAGAAAACUAUGUCUUUGAGUAGGAUGCUCGAGGAGAAAGACAUGCUACACCAGGCUUUCUAUGAAGAAACAAGGAAGAUGCAGCGCCUAGCUCGUGAACAUGUCCGAAGAAUUUUGGAUGAACAGGAGAGGCUGAAUUAUGAUUUAGAGGUCAAGAGAAAGGAGCUUGAUUCCUGGGGCAAAAAACUGAACAAAAGCGAAGCAAUAACUGAACGUGAGAAACAGAAACUGGAUGAGGACAAACAAAAGAAUACAACUAGAAACAAUUCACUGCAAAUGGCUUCCAUGGAGCAGAAAAGGGCUGAUGAGAAUGUCUUAAGAUUGGUUGAAGAGCAAAAGAAGGAGAAACAGGAGGCUUUAAACAAGAUACUUCAGUUGGAAAGACAGCUAGAUGCUAAACAGAAGUUAGAGAUGGAAAUUGAAGAGCUGAAAGGAAACUUGCAGGUGAUGAGACAUCUAGGAGAUGAUGCAGCAGUUCAAAAUCAGAUAAAAGAGAUGAAUGAGAAAUUAGAGCAAAAGGUUGAUGAGAUGUCUGAUUUGGAAGAGUUAAAUAAAACCCUCGUUCGUAAAGAGCGUGAAAGCAAUGAUGAGCUGCAAGAAGCUCGUAAAGAAUUAAUAAAGCGUUUGAGUGAAAUGCUGAGUGGGAAAACUCUUGUUGGGAUAAAAAGAAUGGGGGAAAUAGAUAUGAAGCCAUUUCAGAAUGUGUGCAAAGAAAGAUUUUCGUCUUCUGAAGCUGAAAUCAAGGCCACAGAAUUAUGCUCCUUGUGGCAAGAGAGGUUAAAGAAUCCAGAAUGGCAGCCUUACAAAUUUGUUGCUACUGAGGGUGGAAAUCUUGUGGAAGUCAUAAACGAAGAUGAUGAAUUACUCAAAGGUCUCAAGGAUGAGUGGGGAGUUGAGAUACACAAGGCAGUUGGAACUGCCUUGAUGGAAAUGAAUGAAUACAAUCCAAGUGGCAGGUAUGUAGUUUCUGAGCUAUGGAACUUUAAAGAGAAUAGGAAAGCGACAUUGAAGGAAGUCAUUGCUUAUCUCUUAAAGAGCUUGAAGACAUUGAAGAGGAAGAGGUGAAUGAAGUCUAGGUAAAUGAAGAAAGAAAAGCUGGGAUGGAAGUUCAGAAUGUGGAAGCUGCAGGGAACCAUAAUUUGCAACUCUUUAUAUCUGUUCUAAUGUUUGCCAUCCUUUCCUGUUGGAUGUAUGGAAAAACAAACUUAUGAAAGAUCUGGUGUAUCACCACUGUGUAAUCAGUAGAUUAUUAUGUAACGUAGAACCUGUGAGAUUAUAGGCUUUGGACAUUUUGAAAGCUGGUGACAAUAUUCUAAAACUAAAUCUUCCCUUAGACAAGUUGCAGCUAGGGUUUUUUAUUUGAGCAACUAUAUUCAGAA